AUGGCCCAGCCGUGGAAGUUUGCCAUGAAGGAAUGUGAGCACCGGAAGGCUCAUCUGGUGGUCAUCAACAGCGAGGAGGAGAUGACGUUCCUGCGUUCUCUUACAUACUCGUCAACCUUUUGGAUCGGUCUUUUUUCAGAGAAAGGGUCUUGGAAAUGGGUGGAUGGAACUUCAUAUGAAGAGAAUCCAAAGUUCUGGUUCAAAGGUCAGCCCGAUAAUUGGUUUGGCCAUGGCCCCUGGAGGGUGGGGAAGAUUGCGCUCAGUUAGUAGAAAGAUGGUUGGACUGAUGUUCACUGUACGCUCCCGCUUCCCGUUCGUCUGUGAGAGAAGAAGAUAUCAUGA